AUGUCACAAAUUCAUAACCCUAAUAUCUAUCUCCCUCUCUUUCUCUCUCUCUCCCUCCUCUCUCUCUACCCCUCUCUUUCUUCCUCUCUCUCUCUCUUUUUAGAUGAUCUAUAUUUGAUUGGCUCUAUUUUUGCCUGGUAUCUAUCUAUCUAUCUAUCUAUCUAUCUAUCUAUCUGUCACUGUCUGUUCAUAUCUAUCUAUCUAUCUAUCUAUCUAUCUAUCUAUCUAUCUAUCUAUCUAUCUAUCUAUCUAUCUGUCACUACUGUUCGUAUCUAUCUAUCUAUCUAUCUAUCUAUCUAUCUAUCUAUCUAUCUAUCUAUCUAUCACUGUUCAUAUCUAUCUAUCUAUCUAUCUAUCUAUCUAUCUAUCUAUCUAUCUAUGAACCACUGCCUCCUGUUCGUAUCUAUCUAUCUAUCUAUCUAUCUAUCUAUCUAUCUAUCUAUCUAUCUAUCUAUGAACCACUGCCUGUUCAUAUCUAUCUAUCUAUCUAUCUAUCUAUCUAUCUAUCUAUCUAUCUAUCUAUCUAUCUAUCACAGCCUGUUCGUAUCUAUCUAUCUAUCUAUCUAUCUAUCUAUCUAUCUAUCUAUUUGUGAACCACUGCCUGUUCAUAUCUAUCUAUCUAUCUAUCUAUCUAUCUAUCUAUCUAUCUAUCUAUCUAUCUAUCUAUCUAUCUAUCUAUCACAGCCUGUUCGUAUCUAUCUAUCUAUCUAUCUAUCUAUCUAUCUAUCUAUCUAUCACAGUCUAUUCAUAUCUAUCUAUUUAUCUCAGUCUGUUCAUAUCUAUCUAGCUAUUUUCAAGUCGUUCUUUCUUUCUCUUUAUUUCUACCUUGGGGCUUUUUUUCCUCUCUUCAGGCCACUUUCUCAUUCCCCCCAACUCUUGCCCGGGCUAAUUCAUUUCUGUCUUCCUCUUCCGUCUUCCUCUUCCGUCUGCCUCUCUUCCGUCACUCUCUCUUCCGUCUGCCUCUCUUCCGUCUCUCUCUCUCUCUUCCGUCUCUCUCUCUUCCGUCUCUCUCUCUUCCGUCUGCCUCUUACGUUUUCCUCUUCCGUCUGCCUCUCUUCCGUCUCUCUCUCUCUCUUCCGUCUCUCUCUCUUCCGUCUCUCUCUCUUCCGUCUCUCUCUCUUCCGUCUGCCUCUUACGUUUUCCUCUUCCGUCUGCCUCUCUUCCGUCUCUCUCUCUCUCUUCCGUCUCUCUCUCUUCCGUCUGCCUCUUACGUUUUCCUCUUCCGUCUGCCUCUCUUCCGUCUCUCUCUUUUCCCUCUACCUCGUUCGUCUCUCUCUUUUGUCUGCCUCUUUUUCAGCAUAA